AUGGCUGAGCAGUUGGUUCUCCGUGGCACCCUCGAGGGCCACACUGGCUGGGUUACAUCCCUCGCUACCUCCCUCGAGAACCCCAACAUGCUCUUGUCCGCUUCCCGCGACAAGACCUUGAUCAUCUGGAAUCUCACUCGCGACGAGACCUCGUACGGAUACCCUAAGAGGAGUCUGCACGGCCACUCCCACAUCGUCUCCGACUGCGUUAUCUCCUCUGACGGUGCCUACGCUCUUUCCUCUUCCUGGGACAAGACCCUGCGCCUCUGGGAGCUCUCCACUGGCAACACCACCCGCCGCUUCGUUGGCCACACCAACGAUGUCCUCUCCGUCUCCUUCUCCGCCGACAACCGCCAGAUCGUCUCCGGCUCCCGUGACCGAACGAUCAAGCUUUGGAACACCCUCGGUGACUGCAAGUACACCAUCACCGACAAGGGUCACACCGAGUGGGUGUCUUGCGUGCGCUUCUCGCCCAACCCCCAGAACCCCGUCAUCGUCUCCGCUGGUUGGGAUAAGCUCGUCAAGGUUUGGGAACUCGCCUCGUGCCGCAUCCAGACCGACCACAUCGGCCAUACCGGCUACAUCAACACCGUCACCAUCUCUCCCGAUGGUUCGCUCUGCGCUUCAGGUGGCAAGGACGGAACCACCAUGCUUUGGGACUUGAACGAGUCUAAGCACCUCUACUCGCUCACCGCCGGUGACGAGAUCCACGCGCUUGUCUUCUCGCCCAACCGCUACUGGCUGUGCGCCGCCACCGCUUCGUCCAUCAUCAUCUUCGACCUUGAGAAGAAGAGCAAGGUUGACGAGCUCAAGCCCGAAUACAUGGAGGUUGGCAAGAAGAGCCGAGAGCCGGAGUGUGUGUCACUUGCCUGGUCGGCGGAUGGCCAGACCCUGUUCGCUGGUUACACCGACAACCGCAUUCGCUGCUGGGGUGUCAUGGCGAGGGCAUAG